AUCCCACCUCGGAAAUACCAACCAGGUGCUGCGGCUCCUUCCUGCCCAGCUCUCCGCUCCUCCCCUCGGGCUUUCCUCACCGAGCUCCAUCGCGCCUCCACCGUCGCGAUGCGAGGGAGAGAAAACCCGCAGUGAGUGAGACCCUUCCGCGUGCACCCUCAGCCUCGGGACGCUCCCCGGACUCGCAUGGCUCUCGGUCGGCCGGCCGGACAAUAAGCAGCCCGCUGCAGCAGCUUCUCCUCCUCCUCCUCCUCCGGGGACUCUCUCUCGUCCUGCCCAGGGUCCCCGCAGCAACUCUCCGCGGCUCCAGAUGGCUGGACACGAGUGGGAGGGCUGGUUCGAGCGGGAGGAAUUCAUCGGCCAGAUCAGCGACAUCCGAGUGCAGAACCUGCAAGUGGAAAGAGAGCUGGUUCAGAAGAGGACCUUCACCCGAUGGAUGAACCUGCAUUUGGAAAAGUGUGACCCCCCCAUUGAGGUCAAUGACCUUUUCCGGGACAUACAGGAUGGACACAUCCUCAUGGCCCUGCUGGAAGAACUCUCCGGCUGCAAGCUGCUUCACGGGUUCAAGAGGUCCUCCCAUCGUAUUUUCAGACUCAACAACAUCGCCAAGGUCCUGUCUUUCCUGGAGGAGAGAAACGUGAAGCUCGUCAGCAUCGAUGCAGCCGACGUAGCGGAUGGAAACUCCUCCAUCAUCCUGGGACUCAUCUGGAACAUCAUCCUCUUCUUCCAGAUUAAGGAGCUCACUGGGAACAUCAGGAGCCAGUUCCCCUCCUCCUCCAGCCUGUCAUCCAUCCCCACCAGCUCUGACUCCGACACAUCCCACUGCACCACGCCGUCAGACGAGAGACAGUCCGCGUCCACGGCCAUGCGAGAACACAGCAAGGCCAUCAAGAAACUGCUCCAGUGGGUGCAGAAGCGAACACGCAAGUAUAGUGUGGCAGUGCGCGACUUUGGGAAGAGCUGGACAAGUGGUCUGGCCUUCCUGGCUGUCAUUAAGUCCAUUGACCCCAGCCUGGUGGACAUGAGGAAGGCACUGCUGAGGACCGCCAAGGAGAACCUGGAGGACGGCUUCAGGAUAGCCCACUACAGCCUGGGUAUCCCACGCUUACUGGAGCCUGAGGAUGUGACUAUCAAUGCACCAGAUGAGCAAUCCAUCAUGACGUAUGUGUCACAGUUCCUGGCGCACUUUCCUGGCAUAGAGGAACCGGAGGAGCCCGUCCAGCUGAUCGAACGAAGUGUCUCCAUGGGCCGACUCAACCGCGACAGUGACUCCAACCACAUGAGGAAUAACGUCCACCGAAGCAGAGUGAAGGAGAGGUCCUACAUGUUCCAGAGGGUCUGUACCCAACCACCACCCAAAAUCUUAAUUUCCUCUGUGUCAGAGGACCGCAGCGCCAUGUCACCCCCCUUCAGGCCGGCUGCAGCUCGCUCGUGGUCCAGUGAAGACAUCUUAGCAGAUCCCCCCCAUGUGGAAGACAUCUCCAGCAGUGUGGUCGAAGAGCCCAAGGAAUCUGCCAGUGAGGACCUAACCAACUCAACCUCUGACUCCCCACAAUUGUCUUGCAUUCACUCGUCCACAGGCUCAUCAGUGCCUGAGUCUGUAACCACUGAGUCAGUAAUUGGGGACUCUGCAAUCAGCUCUCCGGACUCCUGGGUGGAGAGCGAGUUUGGGGUGAUGCCAGAGAGGUUUUGUGAAAGCCGAAGUGACAGUUCUUUGUGUGACAGUGGAACAGCCUGGGAUGUGUAUCGUGCCACCCCUGUGGAGGUUACGACUCUUGAUGAAGGAUGUGUCCUAUCCAUGGAGGAUAGAGCCUCUGAUGAGCAGUCGAUUACUGAGUCAUAUAUCGAUGAAGGGAUUUGCUCACUGAGUUCAUUGGAGAGCACCCAGGAGAAAAUUCAAGGGCAUUUUGAGAAAAAUCAACCAGAAGUAAUGAAAGAGAAGGAGGCGAACCUAGAGAAGUACAACCAGGACAUGGCGCUAGAACAGGUACCUUAUCAUAGCAAGGUAGUAGAGUCUCAACAGACGGAUACAAGUCCGAGCAAAGAGCAAGCACCUUCUUUGGGACUGUGCAAUGCAGAGGAACUGACCAACUCGGGUGUGGAAAAUCUGCAUGAAAUUGAUCAAUCCAACCAGUUGCAACUCAAGCAAACCAGUGUUGAAGAGAGCACUGUGGACUUCAUUGGGGGUGCAGGGGAACAUGAAGGACAAAUUGCUGGUCAAACUGAAAGUCAGAAUGAGGGAGACAAUGUUGUAGAAACACAAAAUAAAGUAAGUGUAGGAGUUCUCAGAGACGACCUUGAUGCUCAAGAAAGCUUUAGCUCAGAGACUGUAGCAAACACACGUCCAACCAAUCAAGAAAGAGCUUCAGGAGCAAGUCUGGACCCGUGCAUAAACGUUCCUCUGAUCUCUAUUUCAAGUGAGCCAGAUGAACAGGACGAAGAGGGAAUAUGUGACCCAGAAAGACGAGAUGAUGCUGGCCACGAGGAGGAACAUCAGCCAGAGGGAACUGACACAGAUGUCGACUGCCCUCAAAAUCCACAUGAAUUGAGCUGCGACUCCAAUGACAAAGUGGAGAUUCCAUCCUGUCUGGUAUCAGAAAAUGAUAAAACAACAGCUUCAGAACAAAUGAGGGACAUUGAAAGCCGACAUUUGGAUGAACAUGGCACCAGCAGGUCAUUGAACUCAGACAUAGGCGAGCCAGACACAAGAGAUAAUAUGGCAAUAAGUGACGCCGAACAGGAACGUGCCAGUCCCCUCUACAACUCUCAGACAGGAAACACUGAGAAGGACUUGACUUCUCAGACUUCUUCUCCAAAUACUACAUCUCAACCUGUGAAUACUGAGCAGGAAAUAGAUUCAACUGAUCAAUCAGAUGGGCACAAGGACACCUCCACUGACAAUGACACAGCUACCACACAGCAGAACACAUUGGAUCCAGUCAACUCAAAAUCAAAUGGCACAACAGGGAUUUGGUCCAAUGAACCAGGUCAUGUGUCCAGAGACGCGGAUUUGUUUUCUACAGACUUUGAUCAAUGUCCUCCCACAGAGGAGGUAGUUGGUGACCCUAUCGAACCCAUGGAUCUGUUCUACCCUGACAAAGAGGAGCACAUGUUCGGAGAGCCACCUGAUACUGAAAUGCAGAGCUGGCCUUCAGUUUUGAGUGUAUCUGCUCUCCAGCCAGCGCCUGCUUCAGAGACUCAAACUGACCAGACCUUCAGCCUGCAGGGUGCAGACUUCAGGAAUGGAGUGGAUUCGAUACAAGAGAAUGACGAGGUGAUCACCAAGACCAAGCAGGAGACUGACGGAGCAUCUAGGUCCCAGGAGCUCUGUCUGCUGCCCGGGGAGAAGACAGGAGGACUCUGGGGUGGUGAUGCUCCAGCAGACGGCAGUGAUGUCAGUGAGGCCGAGCAGCAAAGCCCGGGCUCUGCCAGGGAAAACACAGGGCCUGUGAGGAGUGACAGUAACGGUCCCAGCAGACGGGAUGAAAGCCAGAUCCCUCCGGUUCUCCGCCACAGAAAGGGGGCUCGCGUCACGGACUCCUCGGACAAUCAGACAGCUGUGACUGCAGCGACCAGAGAAGCUGACAACGGGGACUGUGAUAUUUGGUGCAGUGAGAGCUGGGAGCUCUACGUGCUGCUGCUGCUCUGGCUGCUGCUCUACUGCUUCUGGCUGCUGCCACAGAUGGACCUGAAGACACUGCCCGGCCUGCUGCUGAACCUCGACCCCUAAACACACACACACACACACACACACACACACACACACACACACACACACACACACACACACACACACACACACACACACACACACACACACACACACACACACACACACACACACACACACACACACACACACACACACACACACACACACACACACACACACACACACACACACCCACCCACCCACCUCAACUGCCACACCUCUUUCCUCUGCACUGACUGUACUCCAGACCAAGUGAAGGCAUUUAAAGAUGUGUAUUUCAAACUACUAGAGCUUCGUUUUAGGUUUUUGCUUUUUAGCUUUCGAUGUGUCGUGAAGUAAACUGUAUGACAAUUUAUCAGGGCCACUGCUCGGGAAAUAUGAAGUCUUAGAUUUGGAGGAAUAACUCAUCAUUUGGGGGUCGGCUAUAGCUCAUGGGGAUGAGUGGUCGUCCCGUAACCACAAGGUCCCCGGUUCCAUCCCCGCUCUCCCCAUAGUUCAUGUUGAAGUGUCCUUGAGUAAGACCCUGGACCCCCAGUUGCUCCCCGGGCGCUUCACUGCAGCCCACUGCUCCUUAAAGAUGGGUACAAGAGAAGAAAUUACACACGGGGGUCAAUAAAAGUAAAUUUGUGACUAAAAUUGUGAUUUUACAAGAUACAAAUUCAUAACAUAUGAACAUAAAGUUGUACGAUUUGCAGAAAAAAAGUUGUAAACUUACAGAAAAAAGUUGUAAACUUAAAAGGAAAAAGUCACAUUAAAAGAAAAGAAAAAUUGGAUUAUUACAAUAUUUUGAGAAUUAUUUUUGUAUAAUUCCAUUUUUAACAUUAUUAUCUUAGUUAUAAGAUCUCUAAAUACCUGUAAUAUAUAACCAGAACCAACAAUCUUGUACCAGAAUCUUGUAAAGUUGUGACUUUGUUCUCCAAAUAUUGACUAUUUACUCACAAAGUUAUGACUUCUCAAAUGUUUACCUGAGUAAAUCUGCUCACCGUGGCCCUGAUAUCCUGUUCUGAAGACACUAUACAAGUUAGUUAGUGGUCCAUUGCUGUGCAAAGCCGACAGAGCUGCCAUUGUAAGACAGCGUGAUUUGUAGAUAGAGGUAUAUACUUAUGGAUUUAUGGAUGCACCGUUUGCCUAUCUGAAUAGUCAUUUAAGACGAUGUUAAAAGUGAGAGCACUGGAGAUAGUGGCGCUGAAGCAGGAAACAGAAUAGGAACAUGUAAGAUGCGGCCCGGCGGUUUGAGCUCACAUGCCGGUACUGUUGGGAACAUAACCGAUGAAGGGGGAUUUUGAUCCGUUGCACUUUCUUUGAAAAAAAAAAGAAUACAAACUGCCAAAGAAAGUACACAACUCACCACAAACCCAGUAAUGGACGUCUGGUUUUUAACACGUAGGACGUCUAGUAUAACUCUUGUACUAAAGCAUCAUCCUAGCGGCUUUAUAUUGUAUAAUAGUUGAGGCAGAAUAUGUAUUUGUAAUAAUUUGUGUCUCAUUAUGGAUUUUUAAAAGGUUUUAUGACAAAGAAAUGUUUUAUGUGAUUGAGCUAUGCUUGUCCACGCCUGUCAAUGAAA